AUGGCCUCUAUUCGCGUUCUUUCCUUCGAUGCUGAGGGCCGUCCCGUGCAGUUCACUUCCUGGCUCGACGACCUGCAGUUGUAUCUUAUGAGCAAUAGCACGGACCACAUCUCCCUCUAUGACUACGCGUCUGGUGCUGCCGCUGCUCCUGCUGCCACAGCCGAGCUUAGUGUUCGUUCCCACUGGCAGACUCGUGACGCAGCUGCUCGCCUAGCCAUUCGCAGUCACCUCCCGCUAGCUGAGCUCGAGCAUUUUGGCGACUGCAAAUCCGCUAAGGCCCUGUACGAUGCUGUCGUUGCUCGCUACUCCUCGCCUGCCACAGCCGAGCUUAGCCGCCUCAUGCUGCCGUACCUGUUCCCCGAUCUGUCCACCUUUACUACAGUCGCCGAUCUUAUCACCCACCUUCGCACUAGUGAUGCUCGCCUGCGUGCCGCCCUUCCCACCGAGUUCUGCGCUAAGAACCCCCCUCCACUGUACUGGACACUCCACUUCAUAGUCACCCGUCUCCCUGACACCCUCCGCUCAGUUCGAGACCACUUCCUUGCUCGCUGUCCCACUGAGCUCACAGUCGCCCUCCUAGAGGAGCAGCUGCUCGCGGCCGAAAAGAGCAUUGUAGCUGUCGGUGCUGCUCGUGGCGCUCCUCGCACCCCCAUCUUUGAGGGGUGUUCUCCCUCUCCCCUCGCUCCCUCCUACGCUGCUGCUGCUGCUGCUGUUGACUUCCUUGGUGCUGAGUCUGUUGGCGCUGCUUCUGCUCCUGGUGGGAGGCGCCGCACCGGCAAGGGCAAGGGGGGCAAGGGUGGUGGUGGUGGCGCUGGGGGGGGAGGAGGUGGGGGAGGUGGGGGGGGAGGCGGUGCUGGAGGGAGCGGUGGCGGGAGCGCUGGUGGGAGUGGGGUCGGUGGUGGAGGCGGGGGCGGCGGAGGAAGCAGUGGCAGUAGUGGCGGCGGCGGCGGUGGCGGCGGUGGCGGCGGUGGCGGUGGUGGCGGUGGUGGCGGUGGCGGUCGGAGCGGUGGUGGCGGCGGAGGUCGGAGUGGAGGCACUGGCUCGGGCCAGAGCUCCCAGCAGCAGCAGCGUCCCCAGAUGACCCAGCAGCUUCGUGAGUGGCUUGCUCAGCGUGGGACGUCGGGGGGCAGUGGCCGCUGUUCUUAUGUCAUUCGCACAGGUGACCGCAAGGGGCAGACGUGUGGGAGGUUCCACACCCCGUACCGCUGCUUCUCCCGCCUUGACGACGCUUGGCGUGAGGAGAUGGGCGCGGAUGUUGAGCGCCCCCGCUGGGCUGAGCUCAUGAGGGCUGGUGUUGAUGUCUUUGCUCUUGACUAUGAUGCUAUUAUUGCUGCCAUGUAUGCAUUGACUGUUAGUGCCGAGGGAGACUGUUACUUGUGUGUGCCGCCUGACCCAGGUAUAGAGCCCGCUGCCCUAGGUACUAGUGAGUCUGCUCUCUCUGGUAUGGUGCCCCCUGUAUCUGCUUCCUCCAGCACUGUCCCUGCUGCUUGCGAGUCUGCUCUCUCAGGUACAGCACCCACAGAGACUGCUCUCUCAGGUACUGCACCGGCUGAGGCCUGUCACACCUUCACCCUUGACUCAGGUGCUUCCCGCUGCUUCUUUCGAGACAGUACUGAGCUCACACCGCUUCCUGCACCGGUCCCAGUCUCCUUGGCUGACCCCUCUGGGGGCCCAGUCCUUGCCCAGUCCACCACUGUCCUCCCUUGUCCGGCGGUUCCGUCUGGCUCGUUGUCGGGUUUCCACCUCCCCUCGUUCUCGACGAACCUGGUGAGCAACGCUGUCCUCCAGGAUCAGUGGGUUGACACCUUUACCCCUGGAGGACAGCGUGUGGCGAUCUGCACGUGCUCCAGGACCGGCCGUCACCUGGCUACGUUUACCCGUCGGCCGGGGUCGAGUCUCUACACACUGACCACUGCGUCUCCUCAGGUAGCUGCUGUCGGUCAGGUGUCUGCGUCAGGUCUGGUAGCCCACGCCUGUGAGUGUCGUUCCCUGUCGCACCAGACUCUUCUCUGGCACCACCGCCUGGGUCACCCCUCCUUGCCACGCCUUCGUGGCAUGCACCGUCGCCACCUUGUGUCUGGUCUUCCCAGGUCCCUCCCUCCCCUCCCUGCCUCGCCUGCGCCGCCUUGCCUUCCUUGCGUCGAGGGGCGGCAGCGCGCCGCUCCUCACUCCUCCUCGUUCCCCCCGACAGAGGCUCCUCUGCAGACCCUCCACCUGGACGUGUGGGGCCCAGCCCGCGUUCGUGGUCAGGGCGGUGAGCGGUACUUUUUGCUGGUUGUCGACGACUACUCGCGUUACACCACGGUCUUCCCCUUGCGCACCAAGGGUGAGGUCCCUGCUGUUCUGAUCCCUUGGAUCCGCACAGUUCGUCUCCAGCUCCGCCGCCGUUUCCGGACGGAUCUUCCUGUCCUGCGUCUGCACUCUGACAGAGGUGGUGAGUUUUCCUCCGACCUCUUGAGGACCUUCUGUCAGGCGGAGGGCAUCGAGCAGACCUUCACGCUUCCGGACUCCCCACAGCAGAAUGGGGUUGCUGAGCGCCGCAUUGGCCUGGUCAUGGAGGUCGCUCGUACCUCCUUGGUCCACGCGGCGGCUCCCCAUUUUCUGUGGCCGUUUGCUGUCCGGUACGCCGCGCAUCAGCUCAACCUCUGGCCCCGUGUCUCCUUGCCGGAGACCUCGCCCACACUGCGUUGGACGGGGGAGGUUGGCGAUGCGUCGCGCUUCCGGGUGUGGGGUGCUCGUGCCCUUGUCCGCGAUACGUCCGCGGACAAGCUCUCCUCCCGCACGCUUCCCUGUGUCUUCCUUGGCUUUGUCCCUGACGCGCCUGGCUGGCAGUUUUACCACCCCACCUCGCGCCGGGUCUUUGCCUCUCAGGAUGUCACCUUUGACGAGUCGGUGUCUCUCAGGUAG